AUGAUGCUGCCACUCUCAAGACGAUAUGUCCCUAUCUUCCGUAAAACUCCAUCCAUAGCUUCCAAGUCCAAGAUACUCACUCGUUCUCUUCAUCUGGCUCCUCCAUUCCUCCUUGACGACUAUGCCCCACGAUACAUGACCCUCAGCUCCCGCGACGCCUCCAAGAAGCGCUCGUUGGCAUAUGCUCACCUGCGCAACUGUAACUUGUGUCCGAGAGAAUGUGGCGUCAACAGAUUCGAGAAGACCGGGCUAUGUCUCAUUGGGGAGAAGGCAAAGGUCAAUACAAUUGCUCCCCACUUUGGCGAAGGUCAGUUCUCACUCAGCUAA